UAUUGAAAGGGAACAACUGAUGGGCGGUUUUUGAGUAUCCCAUUUUCCCAUUAUCCAGCCGCAUCGUAUUUAUCGAUGACCGACCAACAACUCUUUCCCUUGCAUUAGUUUUCCCUUACGUAAGCUUUGGUUGCGAUGCAUGCAGAAAAAAAAACCACAUCUCCAUGCUAUCCACCAACAACAGCAAUUAACUUAUAGCCAAGCCCAAGCUAUAGACAGGGUCUUCCCCUCCCCCUUUAAAUGUUGCAGUUGGUGUAGGUAGCUAUCUGCCAUCCUCCAAACUACACUCAAAUAACCCUCCGACAAAGAAUUAAAAAAAAAAAAAAACGAAAAACCAAAGAAUUAAAGGGUCUUUUUCAAUUUUCCUGGAAGUUUUCUUUGUAAAUCUCUCUCAGGGUUUUCUUCUCAGCUUCCAGGGUCGUGACUUUUGUUGAAGAUCAAGUUACUGUAUUUGUUUUGAAGAGAAAAACAGAAAGAUGGAUCCGACCCUCGAUUCCAAGCUUGUUUCUCAACCUGUUGAGGUGGAAAACAGGAAAAAAUCAGGUGGUGAUGAUGAUUAUGAUCAGGGCUUGAACAAGGCUAAAAGACGGUAUGUUUUGGUGUCGUACAAAGUGCUCCCGGAGUACAUGAAGGACAACGAGUUUAUACUGAAUUAUUACAGGGCUAAUUGGUCUCUCAAGGAAGCUCUUUUUAGCAUCUUUCGUUGGCAUAACGAAACACUUAAUGUUUGGACGCAUUUGCUUGGGUUUUUUCUAUUUUUGGGAUUGACCAUGGCAAAUUUGAUGCAAGUGCCACGAGUGGCGGAUCUAAUUAUCUUCUUAAUCAGGUCAUUUCCUAUUGGUGGCGACACCAAUGUUUCUCACGAUUCUAAAGACCUCUUUCGGGGAACAAAAAAUCUCAUUGAUUUGAAGCGAAUAACAACCUCGGAAUUGGAUAUUACCCUUCCGGCGACGCCUGUUACACGGUGGCCAUUCAAUGUAUUCUUAGGCGGCUCCAUGUUCUGCCUCUUAUCAAGCAGUAUUUGCCACCUAUUUUCUUGCCAUUCACACCAUCUAAACCUUAGAUUGUUGCGAAUUGACUAUACCGGGAUCACUACCAUGAUCAUCACAUCGUUUUUUCCUCCAAUCUACUACAUUUUUCAAUGCGAUCCACAAUGGCACUUUGUCUACCUUGGUGGAAUCACAGCUCUAGGCUUGUUCACCAUUGUAACACUGCUGUCACCGACCUUGUCAACUGGCAAAUUUCGUGCAUUUCGAGCUUUACUCUUUUCUUCCAUGGGGCUCUUUGGCAUUGUCCCUGGAAUCCAUGCUACAAUUGUCAACUGGUCUAAUCCGCGUCGCAAUGUCACUCUGGCCUAUGAGUCUGCCAUGGCCAUAUUCUAUUUGACAGGGACCAUGUUCUAUGUUAGCCGAAUUCCAGAGAGGUUCAAGCCUGGAUGGUUUGACUUAGCAGGGCAUAGUCAUCAAAUAUUUCACAUUCUCGUAGUGAUGGGUGCAUUGGCUCAUUAUGGUGCUUCUCUUGUAUUUUUAGAGUGGCGUGAUCAUUAUAGCUGUUAAAAGUUUAUGCAUCACAAAAAUGUAUAUGUUCUUCUGUCUCACCAGAAUGUGGGUUUAUGUUUGUUUCAUUUAUUAUAGUUUUUUUCUCUUUUGUGAGGUUGGGGGUCUUGCGAUUUAUGUUUUAUGACGUUCAGGUACUUUCUCUAAAUGUACAUCAAUGAUAGAUAGCAUCUUCAUGAAGAAAAAGCUAUCAGUAGGGCAGAAAUAUACAAAGAAUCAUACUUGAAAUU